AUGGACAUCGACGUUCCAAUGUUCUUUGGCUUCGUCGGCCUUUUUACGCUGCUGAUGUUCUGGCCAGGGUUGGUUGUCCUCCACUUGACGGGAAUCGAAAGCUUUACCUUGCCAAGUAAAAUCGAAUGGAUUUACUUGUGCAUAAGUGCUCUAGUCACUGCGGUAAUCUGUCAGUUGCUCUGGCUCUGGGCAAGUCUAGCCACUUCUCCACUUCAAGGAAUCUUGGCAUUGGCAUUGAUCGUCCCCGGAUCCAAAGGAAUUUCAAACAUUUUGGAGGGACAGCCGCUUUCUCUAAAAUUCGCAGCUGGUGCGGCUUUAACCCUCAUCAGCUACAUCGGCGUUUGUAAUACUAACCGCUCUCCACGGCAAACCGCGGCUAAAGUGGAAGCUUUCGAAUUGGAGUUACGAUAA